AAGCAAAAAGGGUAAAAAAGGGAGCGCAAUUUGAAAAGCAAACAGCGUAAUAAGUUGGAGAAAUCAGGCUAUGAAGUUAAAUAGAACGAACAAGCGAAGAAACUGAGAGAAUCUUCGACAAAGCACACAUGGCGGUCAAGCAGCUGAUCGUUGCCGUUGAAGGCGCUGGCCGCAAUUGGACCUUUCUGGCUAACAGUACUCAUUCAUGCACUGCAAUCUCUGUGUGUGUGCGCGCGUGUGUGUGCGUGUGUGUGUGAAUAGUGAAAUUGAUUCGUUAUUAAUUUUACUCAUAUCCUUGCAAUGCAAAAUAGUAUACUACUAUAUACCAGAGGCAGAGCUAGAAUUUUAAGUUUUGUGUGUUGGGGAUUCUAGUUCAUUUAUGUUACUGGGUUCUAAAUUUACAAUAUAUUCAAUGAAUUUUUUUAAGACAAAUACCCAAAGUUACUGGUUUGGCCGAACCCAAAAACAAAUACCCAAAAUUACUGGUUCGGCCGAACCCGCAAUUCCUAUGCUAGCUCCGCCCCUGCUAUUUACUAUUUGGUGUUUUUUAUUGGAACUGAGUUGACAGUCAGUUUUAGUUGAGCAUGUGUGAAUAAAGAAGUUGAUUCGUUAUUAACUUUACUAAUAUCCCUGCAAUGCAAUAUAUUAAGUACUAUUUAUUGUUUGGUGUUUAUAUUGGAAUUGAGUUGUGUUGACAGUCAGUUUUAGUUGUUUUUUCGUAUUGUUUGGAAUUUAGUUUAUAUUGGAAUGGAUUUUUGUGUGUGUGUGUGUGUGCGCGCGUGUGACUAAUGAAGUUGAUUCGUUAUUAACUUUACUAACAUCCCUGCAAUGCAACAUAUUACUACUAUUUAUUGUUUAGUGUUUGGCGAUGAGUUGUGUGGAUAAUCAAUUUUAGUUGAUUCAGUGUGUGUGUGUGUCAAUAAUGAAGUUGAUUCGAUAUUAAUUUUAUUCAUAUCCAUGCAAUGCAACAUAUUACUAUUUCCGUUUGGUGUUUUUAUUGGAAUUAAGUUGUUUUGACUUUUGAGAAUCAAUAUUAGUUGAUUUAGUGUGUGUGAAUAAUGAAGUUGAUUCGUUAUUAAUUUUAUUCAUAUCCAUGCAAUGUUACAUAUUCCUAUUUCCAUUUGGUGUUUUAUUGGAAUUGAGUUGUUUUGAGAGUCAAUUUUAAUUGAUUGUUAUUUAAUUUACUUAAUUAUGUUUCCAAUGUAUAUGAUUGUAUAUUCCACCUUGUGUGAUUUGAUUUGAGUUGUGUUGACAGUCAAUAUUAGUUGAUUUAGUAAUAUGCAUAUGAUAGAGUGCUUAAUUGUGUGACCAUCUGAUCCAAAACUUGAAGCUGCCAGAGGGAUUACUGUUUAAUUUGCUUAAUUAUGUUUCCGAUGUGUAGGAUUAUGUAUUCCACUUUGUGUGAUUUGAUUCGAGUUGUGUUGACAAUCAACUUUUGUUGAUUUAGUCAUUCAUAUGGUAUAAAGCUAAAAUAUUUGACCAUAUCAUCCAAUGUUAAUGCUUAAUAAUGAAGCUAUGGGUUCGGCCGAACCGAGUAGCCUUGACUCAGACCCUAUAUAUGUGUUAAAAAAUAUAUUAAAUAUUAAAUAUAGCAUCUUGAACCUAUAUCAAAUCCUGAAAUUGCCUGUGCUUAAAGAUACUUAGUUUGGCUUCUGAUAGUGCAACAGGAGAAGAAAUAUUUCACGUGAAGUUAGUUACAAGACACCGAGGAGAGAAAAAGAAAGAGGAGAGGGGAUAAAGACAUUCUGAAAAGGGAUUGGUUAGACCUGAAAAUGGUUUGCUGCCUGGUUUUGAAGUUUUGUUUUUAAUCUAUAUAGAAUGCCCUCUUCUUUUCUCAUGUGUAAUGUGUCCAUAUCGUGAGGGAUGAUGUCCUUUAUAUGACCGUCCAGUUUGCUUAGGUGUCUUUGGAUUUGCCAGUUUGGGUGGUCCUUGGCACCUUAAUAAUUUGUCGUAACCCUCCUGGGGGGCAAGGUGCUCAUGCACUCAUAUUACUUUUGGUGAUGGAUUGUCAGUUGACAUUGAUAAGAUCAUUUGUGGGAAGUGACAAUGAUGGAAUGAUCACUAGAUGCGCCAAUUUAAAGGGCUUUCCAGUCCGAUGCCUAGUUGUUGUGCUUUGUACAUCCAUGCAACAAACUGGGAAAGCUGGCGGUGGAUGGUCACUCGCCCUCAUUAUCUGGGUCUGACUCGUUCCUGUAGUCGCCCAUUCUAUUGAUCAUCUCAAGCUGCUCGUUUAGACUGCUCAGCCUCAAUCACUUCUCCGAUCUGUUGAUUUUUCUUGACUAAAUUAACCUUUAGCCUUGUGAUCCAUGGGCUUCCUCUUGGCUUCUACUUCCAAGUUCGAUUUUAACUGGAUUAAAGAAACCUAUACAAAAUAUAUCAACAUAAUUAAUGAGAAAGAGAGAAAACUCAAUUGGAGGAAUUCGAAUUCCUGAGAUUAGUGUUUGGAUUGUGACCUUUGGCCAUUAGCCCCCCUUAUGAAAUGUACUAAAAGACAAGGUGUAAAAAUGCGCUCGAAGCUGAAAAAAGGCUAUUAAUAAACAAAGAAAAGCAAGUCAGUUGGAGCCGCAAUUGGAAAUUAGGCAAAAGCGAAAAAGGGGAAUUAAAGAGAGUGAAGAAUUGAAAAGCGGAAGUGAGAGCGAGAAUCUUUGGCAAAGCACACAUGAUGGAAAAACAGCUAAUCGUUGCUGUUGAAGGCACUGCCGCGGUGGGACCUUUCUGGCAAACAAUCAUUUCUGAUUACCUCGACAAGAUGAUACGGUCCUUCACUAAAUUGGAGCCAAUAGAAAAGAAGCCAUCUGCUGGCAAUUGGCAGCUCGCAAUGGUGGUUUUCACGGUGCAUGGAUCCCAUGGUGCUUGCCUGGUUCGACGAAGUGGAUGGACAACAGACAUAGAUAUGUUUUUCCAAUGGCUAUCAGCUAUACCUUUCUCAGGUGGUGGUUUCAAUGAUGCUGCAGUUGCAGAAAGCCUUGCAGAGGCAUUGACGAUGUUUUCUUCACUCAAUGGAAGCCAAACUCAACAAAAUGUGGAUGGGCAAAGACAUUGCAUACUUAUUGCUGCAAGUAACCCUUAUCCAUUGCCUACACCAGUUUAUCAUCCACAUAUGCAGAAUGUGGAGCAGAGUGGAAACAUUGAAGCACAUACUGCUAAUCGACUAUCUGAUGCUGAGACAGUUGCAAAGGAAUUUCCUCAGUGCUCUGUUUCCCUCUCAGUUAUAUGCCCAAAGCAGCUUCCGAAAUUAAGAGCAAUAUAUAAUGCGGGAAAACGUGACCCACAAGCAGCUGACCCGCCCAUUGAUACAUCCAAGAAUCCAAACUUUCUUGUCUUAAUUUCGGAAAAUUUCAUCGAGGCUUGUGCUGCUUUCAAUCGCACUGGAAUGGAAAUUUCGGCGCUAAACCAGAUCCUGGUCGAAAUGGAUAUGUCUUCUGUAGCUCCAGUUUCUGCGCCAGCAGCAACUUUUGAUCCAGCAGUUAUGAGUCAACAACCAAUUUCAGCUGGAAGUAUUCCCUCUGCAACCGUAAACAUGGAGCCCACUACUGUAACCUCCGUUACUGGACCUGCUCUUCCACAUAUUCCUACUGCUCGUCCUACUUCUCAACUAGUUGCAAGCUUGCAAAGUGCUUCACCUAUUUCUGUUUCUGAGGAGGUGGUCCCAAAUAAUGAGAUUGUUAAUGAAACAAAACCUAUUCUCAGUGGGAUGACACAACCCUUACGUUCAUUUAGUGGUGCAGCUGCAAAUGCCAGAAUACUGAAUGAUGUUGCUCAAGCCCAGGCACUUGUUGGGGGAACUUCAAUAGGACUGCAGUCUAUGGGUGGGACACCUAUUCUAUCAAAUAUGAUACCUGGUGGAAUAUCUUCUUCUAUACCUGCUGCUCCAACUGUUUUAUCAUCUGGGCAACUAGCUGUCACUUCAAUGUCUGGGUUAGUGCCAUUAGCAGGAACUGGUCAGAUAGCUCAAAACUCUGUUUCUGCAUCAUCCGUUUCGAUAGCUCCCAGUAUGUCUGGAAAUUCAAACCUUUGCGUGUCCCAACUUUUGAGUAAUAUCCAAGGAGGUGUUAGUGCAGUCAUGCACCAGAAUGUGCUGAGUGGAACGGGUGCUGGUAUGCCUUUUGGAACUGGCACACUGAUGUCUACUCCAAGGAUGACUCAACCAGGACACCCUGGAAUGCAGCCUCUUGGCAGGAAUAACAGUACAGAAGCUAACAUACCUCUGUCUCAGCGGCAAACAUCUGCUACAUUGUCAUCAGCUCAAUCAAACUAUGUCAAAGUCUGGGAGGGAGACUUAUCGGGGCAGAGACAGGGAGAACCUGUACUUAUUACCAGACUCCAGGGGUUCAGGAUUGCUUCAGCUUCUAAAUCGCUUGCUGCGGAUUGGCCCCAAACAAUGCAAAUUGUUCGCCUUAUUACGCAGGAGCAUUUGAAUAAUGAUGUUAGACGGCUCAUCGGAAAGUCAGAAAUUGUAGUUUUUUGGGCAAUGGACCAGCAUGUAUUUCUCAGCCAGCUGCAGGAAAAGAAGUUUUGUGCAGUAAUUCAACUACCAUCACAGGCAAUGAUUCUCUCUGUUUCUGAUAAAACCUGCCGCUUAAUUGGAAUGCUGUUUCCUGAGAAUACGGUGGUGUUUAAGCCACAGAAACUCAAUCAGCAGUUGGAAGCACAACAUCCACAGCUAGAGCAACUGCUGCUGCAACAAUCGCUUCCCCUAUUACAGCAGCAGCGAGCCCUUUCACGGCUACAGCAGCAGCAACCCCUUCAACAGCUGCAGCAACAGCAGCAUUUGAUGCCACUAAAGCGAAAACGUAACAUUCCUCUGCAGCAACAGCCAAAGAUUCCCAAAUUACAUCGACAACAGAGUCCACAAAUACAGCAGCAACAGCAGAUACCGCAAAUGCAGCAAACAGAGCAGCAGCAACCAAUAAUUGGGACAUGUGUGAAUCAAGCAUCAACCGGAGGUCCUAGACGGGCGCAACUUAUGUCUCAGGGACAGGCUUCUUCACGAGGACUGCCAAACGUGCCCUGAGGAGGCUUUAUGAAUUGAACAUGGCAAUGAAUUAGACAAUGAGUCGUUGUAGAAAUGCAAUCAUACUGGAGCAGCCGAAAUUCUUACUGCUUGGCUAUCGAAUUUUGAACUCAUUUUUCAUGUCGAAGGAUACUUACAAAAUACAGAGCAUUUAAAACUAAUUAGCUCCAGUGUGGAAAGUAAUUGGCUGCCCAAUAUGAUCAUUACUCUUCCUCCCCAAAUCCAAACCUUCACCUUGGGGGCUUGCUGUACACUAUCCCUGUUGACCCUUUUGGAUUUAUAGGUUGAAGAAACAAAAAUUUCAUUUAUUGUGUACACCUUUAACUUCAAUUUUUUUUUGAUAUCAAUAGGUUUCCCUCCAGAUAGCAGAGGGUCUAUUUCCAGG